AUUGACUGAUGUUUUUGUCUUUCACUCUUUUGUAGAUUAAAGAUGUUUCUAAUUUGUUUUGUUAUUUGGAUUGUUGUCUACUUGUCUUGUUGAUUUUUGAUAGUUAGAUGAUUAGUUCAAUUUGCUAACGUGUUUCUCAUUGGUAUUUGCCAUGUUUGGGGUUUGAUUUGUAGCUCAUUGUUUAUAAUAUUACCAAGGUUGAUGAUGCCCUCCUACUGUUUCGAUGAAUAGCUUACAACAUAAACUCUGUGAUAUUCUUGUUAUCUUAAUUAAAAGAUUGAAAGAUUGGUUACAUAGUUUGGUUCUUGAUCUAAAGAGUACUGAUUUUACUUGUUUUCUAUGCGUUUAUGUGGCAUUUACGUCUUAGGGAUAGUAUACAAUUUAUCAAGGUCGAUAUAGGAAGCCUACAAAAGAAUGGAAGUAACAUUGUUGCGUUGUAGUUAAGAUAUUGUUGAAGAAUGAGUUUUCUUUGAACUAGUGAAAGGUAAUUCACCUAUGAUUUGUUGUCCAAUUUGUCAUUAGAAUUGUGUGGUAUCAUGAUCAUGUUCUUUCAUGCUCGAUGGCUUUUUACUCUUUUAAAACCUUUGAUUUUAACAUGAAAUCUGGUUAGGGAUUUAGAGUUAAUGACAAAUUAACCACACAUCAACUUUUAGAACUGAGUGUUGUACAUGUUUCUUAGAGCAUUAGCUAUUACUUAGUAGAUCAAACAACGUUAUUAACAUAAUCAACCAUAUUUCGUUCAUAGCAUGUUGACUAAUUCUAUUAGAUGCAUCAUUCAUAAUCUAUUAGUAAUCACAUUUUUUUAAUUUCGUUUAAUUAGUAUAUAAAAUGUCAAUUUGCAUAAAUCUCGUUGUUCUUCUAGCUAAUGGGUUGUUUAUCACAGUGAUUUCAUAAACACUAAUUCCUAUAUCAUGUUAAACAUGUUUUCUAGAUUUCUAGCUUAUACAUCAAGUUGUCUAAUGGAUUCCGAAAAUAUUUCUUAGAUAAUCUUUAAUGUCCUCAUGUGCAUUAAAGUACAAGCUAUAUUUGCAGUCCCUUAAAUCAACCAUUUUUCCAUGUAUCUAGUAAUUUGUUGCAUAUUUGUGUUAAUCGAAAAUGCAAGGCUGUAAGCGAACAGAACAAACACAAACGGAGGCUUGUUUGUGUUCGUUCGUUUAACUUAACCGAACAAACGAACAAAUACAAAUGGUAAACGAAUGAAACUUUUUUGUUCAUGUUCGUUCAUUUAACUUAACCGAACAAACGAAAGAACACGAAUGGUAGGCAAAUGAAGUUUUUUGUGUUCUAGUUCGUUCGUUAAUAAAAUGUGUUUGUUAGUGUUCGUUCAUUAAGAUGUUAAAUGAAUGGAAUUUUUUGUGUUCGUAUUCGUUCAUUAAGAAAAUGUGUUUGUUUGUGUUCGUUCGCUAUGAUGCUAAACGAACAUAAAUGAACAAACUUAAACAAACAUAAGUGAACAUAAACAAAUAGGCACAAAUGAACUAAAAACAACCACCAUUGCUUAUCAUUUCGUUCUUCUAAGAUAACAAUAUAACAUUACAAAAUGUAAAACCGAGUAAAAAUUUAGGGGGAACAAAAAAGGAGUUCUGAAAAACUUAAUUUAAUUAUUCACUUUACAUAUUAAUGUCAUACUAUAUAAAUAUAUUUAUAUAUAAUGAACAUAAACUAACGAACAUAAACGAACAAAAAUGAAUGAAAGUUUACAAACGUAAAUUAACGAACAAGGCCAUUGUUCAUGUUCAUUCAUAAAACUAAACGAACAAAAAAGUGUGUUCAUGUUCGCUCGUUUAUUAAAUAAAUAAACAGAAACGAACUUCCUGCUGAACGGUUCACGAACAGUUUGCUAAACGUUCGGUUCGUUUACAGCCCUGAUGUUGACAUUUGAAAAAUGACCUAUAAGUGGCCCAUGGUGACUGUUGACUAGUGUGGUUUCUUUCAUUUGAAAACUUACGAUUCACCGGUAAAUCCUUGGUCCCUUAGAAAUAUUGUGUUUUGUCUAUUUUUUAGGUUAGGGACAUGGUUUAGAUUUUUCCCUAGGGCAUGAAAAACCUCAGGACCGGCCUUGGUCAGCAGCCAUUAACAAUUACGAAGGAGCUUCGAAUUUCUUUGUGGUUUCUAUUUCUAACAUCAUAACAAGCAAACCUUAACAACUUUUAGAAGAUAUAAAGAAGUAAAUCAACUCUAUUAAAACAGUUGUCAUUAUUGAAGCCUCAAGGUUUGGUUUCAUUCGUUUUUCUCGAAAUUAUUUAUUAGAUAUCAACUUCUACUGCAUAUAUCAUUGAUAUAUUUAUAUUGUUUUAAUGACUUGAUUGAGGAUCAAAGUAGCCCAACAUGUUCUUGAACCUACUAUGGCAUUAUUGUCGCAGUAGACGGCGUUUUGGAGGUCGUUGGCUAUGGUCAGGCGACCGUCGUCACUUCUAAUCUCAUCAUUUGACUCACAACAUUAAGCAAUAAUAUAUACCAAAUGGAAGAUUAGUUUUAAAUUUCUUACCUGUGUAUUGUUUUUCCUUUAAAUGGUAUAGAGUACAGAAAAUAGACUACGGGGUUCUGUGCAAUCGAGGAAAACACAUUUAGUUGAAACAUAAAUUAGGAUGCUAAGAUUCAAUGGACUGUUGCCGAUACAGUUUUGUGCAAUCAAGAAAAAAGAAUUCAUGGCCCUUAGAAAGCUUGUUACAUAACAAAUUAAUUGUUUAGUAAGUUGAUUGACGGAAAUCAUGUUUGUAUGAAAAAGGGAACAUCUAACAUGGGAUGAAGCAAAAUCAAGAGAUAUAUUUGCUGAAUUGGUGCCAUUAGUUCUAACUAUUUUAAGAGGGUAUUUAUAGGUUGCUUUUAGAGGAGACAAUAUAUCAUUAUUCUUCAUCAUGAGUUGAUGGUUCCGGUUUGCUGGACAUGUAGUGAAGUGGGUGGUUGAUUUAUCCGACUAAGUUGCAUUCUAUACGUACCCAAGGAGUUUGUGUAGAUUCCUUAAGAUCUUAUUAAAACAUGAGAACCUUGAGGACGAUUUGGAUGAGUUAUACUUGUCAAGACCUUAACCUGCACUUGUUUAAUUGUAAGCAUGGUUCUGAACAGAACAUAAAAUCAAGGAGAUGGAAGAGAACAAUUUUUUUAAAGAGAGAAUAUUACGUCGAACUCUUAGAUAUGAUAAAAAUUCAUAGACAGACAUGAUAGAAUAUCCUUGAACUCGUCAAAAUUUACAUAUGUGACUAUCUCACUAAAGAAGUAUUUACCAUUUCCAUAGAGUUUUCCAAACUAACCUGUUAACAUUACAUCUUUAACUCUUUCAUAUGAACCAUUGUUGCUGCAAGGAAUGAAGCGUCAUCCUAAUUAAUAGGCUUACUUUAACAAGAAAUCAUUAACCUAAUUUAAAUUCUUAACAAGGAUUUUUCGAGUGAUCAGUUUAUACCAGCAACAUUAUAGCAUAUAGCAUAGAGAAGAAAGUGCAAAAAGAGGAGUAAUGAAGCUUGAUGUGAAUGUUUUGCGGUACCUCUCCAAAGAUGAUUUCAGGGUUCUCACUGCCGUUGAGAUGGGAAUGCGCAAUCAUGAAAUUGUACCUGCAGAGCUCAUUGACCGCAUUGCGUCACUCAGACAUGGAGGGACUUAUAAGGUGUUGAAGAAUUUGCUCAAGCACAAGUUGUUGCAUCAUGACUCUUCAAAGUAUGAUGGGUUCCGACUCACCUAUCUUGGUUAUGAUUUUCUUGCUAUAAAGACUAUGGUGAACAGAGGUGUUUUUUCAUCAGUGGGACGCCAAAUUGGCGUGGGGAAAGAGUCUGAUAUUUUUGAGGUUGCAAAUGAAGAUGGUACGGUUAUGGCUAUGAAACUACACAGGCUAGGUAGGACCUCUUUCAGAGCUGUCAAGUCUAAGCGUGACUACUUAAAGCACCGCAGUAGCUUCAAUUGGCUGUAUCUGUCUCGCCUUGCUGCUCUCAAAGAAUUUGCUUUCAUGAAGGCUUUACAAGAACAUGGUUUUCCUGUCCCAAAUGCUGUCGAUUGCAAUCGCCAUUGUGUGAUUAUGUCGCUUGUACAAGGCUAUCCGCUUGUGCAGGUGAAGCAAUUGCAAAGUACUGAUAUUGUCUUUGAGAAGAUCAUAGGCAUUAUUGUCCGUCUGGCUGAGCAUGGCCUUAUUCACUGUGACUUCAAUGAAUUUAACAUUAUGAUAGAUGAUGAUGAGAAAAUUACAAUCAUCGAUUUUCCGCAAAUGGUCUCUGUAUCUCAUCGAAAUGCAGAAAUGUACUUUGAUCGUGAUGUUGAAUGCAUUAUCAAGUUUUUCAGCAAGAGGUUCAACCUCUCUUUUGAAGCGAAUGCUGAUGAUUCAGAUUCAGAUGCAGACUCGGAUGCUGUAAAGCCUCGCUUUUCUUCAAUAAAGAAAGCUUCUGGUUUCCUUGACAAGGAACUUUCUGCGAGUGGUUUUAGCAGGAAGGAACAAGAUGAUAUCGAAAAGUUCAAUGAAGGAGGUCUUGAGAAGAUUCCUGGUUCUGAUGAUGAGGAAAUUGAAGAAGAUGAAGGACACAACUCUUCUACAAUAAAUGCAUCAGACAUCCAAAAUUUUGAUUCUUUAUGCUCAUUGACCAAGGAUGAUGACCAACCAAUGGGUUGCGGGAUGAAUGGCGAAGUAGAAGAGGAUCAACAAAACUCUGAAGAGAAGCAUCAUGAUACAAGCGAUCCGGUGGAAGAUAAUGAAAAUGAGGAGGAAGAUGAUGAUGAUGACAAUCCUGAACUGGUGGAGCGGCUAGCAAAGCAGCGAAAACGUGCGAUUCAAGCAGCACGUGCAGGAAGGAAGAGCAAUGGUUCAAGAAAUGCUUAUAAAGAUAAGGGUGGUAGAUCUUCUCAUAAUUCCAAGAUCCAGAAGCAAAUGACCAGUAAUUGGUGAUGAAUAUAUAUAUAAUUAGAGGCCAGUAAAAGGCUAAGUUACAAACCUCGUAAGGUUAUCUUUGACAUUUUCUUCAAGUCUUGCUUCAAAUGUUAUCUUGUCUCAUUGAGAAAAGACAACAAUUGAAGAACCAUGUGUCACUUAUUCUACCAUUAAACCUCACAUCAUUGAACCA